GUGUGUGUCACAUCGCAGACAUGCCCCGCAGGAGGAAGGAUCGCCUGCGAGCAGGUGUGUGUUUCGCUGUAAUCUUCAUCGUUCUCAUCCUCAUCCUCAUCAUUGUCUGUACAGUAAAGUCCCCUGAGUCACAUAAGUGUACGCGGGGGAUGUUCAGGAAAGCAGCUGUGGCUGCAGACUCACAAAUCUGCUCCAGCAUCGGACGUGAUGUCCUGCGCUCUGGAGGUUCAGCUGUAGAUGGCGCUAUUGCUGCUCUAAUAUGUACAUCAGUAAUAAAUCCCCAAAGUAUGGGCCUUGGGGGAGGAGUAAUAUUCACCAUCAGGGAUAAAACCGGUAAAGUGAAGGUCAUUAACGCACGGGAAACAACACCAAAGGGUUUUAAAGCAGAUCUGCUCUCUGAGUGCUCCAAUGUUACUGGUGCUCAUUGGGUUGGGGUUCCUGGAGAACUGCGUGGUUAUGAAUAUGCUCAUCGUCUGUACGGUCGUUUGCCAUGGAGACAUCUGUUUGAGCCGACAAUUAGUUUGGCCAAAAGGGGGGUUAAAAUCUCCUUCAUGCUUGACCAGUAUCUACCUGUCUUAAAGGAGCAGCAGACUGCACUGAGUCGGUUGUUUAUGUACCCAAACGGAACACUGAAGAAGGAGGGAGACACUGUGAAGUUUGAGAAACUCACUGAGACGCUGCAGAAGAUUGCAGAUCGUGGAGCUGAGGAGUUUUACAGUGGAGACGUUGCUCAUGCUCUCGUGAGAGAUGUCCAGGCAGCAGGUGGAAAUCUCACACUGGAGGAUCUGAGCUCAUUUAGCGUGACUGAAUCAGAAGCCUGGUCUAUUUCUUUGGAUAAAUACCUGAUGUACUUUCCUCCUCCACCAGCAGGAGGAGCCUUGCUCAGCUUCAUCCUCAAAGUCAUGGAGGGUUAUGAAUUGGACCCAACGUCUAUCCAUGUUGAUGAGAGGGUGCUAACAUACCACCGCUACAUCGAAGCGUGCAAAUUUGCUAACGGACUGAAGCAGUUCAUCAAAGACCCAAAGUUCUCGUCAGAUAAGGAAGCGCACAAUCUGAUUGGGGCGAUGUUUGCUGAACGUGUGAGGCUGUUGAUCAGCAGCAAUAUUACCCAUGACGCUCAGUACUACAACAUCACCCCACACCCUGACACUCAGGGAACCACACACAUCUCCGUGCUAGCUGAAGACGGGAUGGCCGUGUCCGUCACCAGCACCAUCAAUCACAUAUUUGGUUCCAGAGUUUUAUCUCCUAACACAGGAGUCCUCCUGAACAACGAGCUUGCUGACUUUUGUGGCAGAACAAAGCACAUUCACCCAGGAGAGAAGCCACCCUCCUCCAUGGCCCCGGUGAUCCUCUACUCCUCGUUUGAUAAACACACUCUGGUAAUCGGAGCUUCAGGAGGCAGUAUGAUCACCACGGGCUUGGCCACGGCGCUGAUGAAUUACCUGUGGCUGGGGAAAACUCUUAAAGACUCCAUCGCAUCACCUGUCGUGUUUGUGGAUGGGAAAAAUGACCUCUCAUUUGAGAAGGCAUUUAAUCAGGAUGUGAUUAAAGCUCUACAGCAACUCGGCCACACCGUCGUCCCUCGAUCAUAUUUCUACAACACAGUAAACGCUGUGUCCAAACACGAAGAUGAGUGUGUUAAUGCGAUUUCUGACAAGCGCAAAAAAGGGGAACCUGCUGGAUACUGAACCACACACACACACACACACACACUUACACACACAUACACACACACACUUACACUUACACACACACACACACACACACACACACACACACACACACACGGAGGAAGACAUGCAAAAAAGGGGAACCUGCUGGUUACUGAACCACACACACACACACACACACACACACACACACACACUUACACACACACACUUACACUUACACACACACACACUUACACUUACACACACACACAAACACAAACACACACACACACACGGAGGAAGACAUGCAAAAAGGGGGAACCUGCUGGUUACUGAACCAAACACACACACACACACACACACACACACACACACACACACACACACACACACACACACACACACACACACACACACACAUUCAAAAAGGGGGAACCCUCUGCAUACUGAACCACACACAUACACACUUAAACACACAAAGGAACAUAUACACACACACACACACACACACACACACACACACACACACACACACACACACACACACACAUUUUAUUUAUCUAUGUGUAUGUAACUCUGACAUAUAGAAUUAAUUCGUCUUUAAUGUCAUUUUAUAUUGUUGAUUUUUUAUGCCGGAUAUUAAUAUUUAAAUCCCUCAACUCUUUCCUGUAUUAUUUAUUAUUGUGUGUUUGUGGGAUUCUGUGUUUACAAAACCGUCAGACUGUCAGUCUGUAAAACAGAUAUAAAGGGCUGCGUCCCAAACGUCAGCACUACUAAACGUUCAGUACAGAGCUUUAAAGAGCCGAUGAGGACGUUCAGUAGAAUGAAACUUUAGAACUGAAUGUAGUUAUGUUUGUUUUGUAACCUGAAUCUACUGUUCUUACUUUUUAUUUGAUUUAAUUUCAUUCUUAAAUUGAAUCUGCAAAUAUAGACUGCAUUUGUUUCCUGGUUUCAGAUGUAAUCAUUUUAUUUAGGAUUUCGUUUUAUUCUCAAAGCUUAAAAUGAUGUUUAGUAUAAAAAUGAACUGGUGAGAAUGAACUCGCUCGGUCACUCAGCCGAGACACCAGUUCACUUCAUAUCACAAACUCACACAAGUCUUCAGGCUGUUCAUUAGCUGCUGCUAUUUCUGUCUUUCACACAAACACUGUAUUUGGUCUUUAUGUGUUUUAUUUCUCUUAAACACUUCUUUCCAACACACAAUACAAAAACUUUAAAAUUGGGUGAAACUAAAAACCACAGCAUUCAUGAGGAAGGUGAGGAGCAGUGAAGUGAUCCAGAUGACCUGAGAACUAAUUCAUUCCAUAAAAGAAGCAGCUCCGUCCAUCUCUGCACCCAAAAGUCUUCUAUCAAAUAAUUUGAAAUAAAGCAGUACAUGGAGACAGACUGUGUGUGUGUGUGUGUGUGUGUGUGUGUGUGUGUGUGUGUGUGUGUGUGUGUGUGUGUGUGUGUGUGUGUGCGUGUGUGUGUGUGUGUGCGUGUGUGUGUGUGUGUGUGCGUGUGUGUGUGUGAAAACUGUAUAAUGAGUUUUAUUCAUUCUGAUAAAAGCUGAUAGUUGUU